AUGGCUUCCCGAAUCGGUCCCCGGAGCGUCAAGGACGCGACGCGCUUCACCUCGAAUAUUCCUCACGCUGGCGCCAAGGGGCCCUCCUCGGCCGCGUCCGCCGUCCAGAAGCCCUCGGCCGUGACGAGCUCCCGCAUCCCAGGCGAAACCCCCGAGCAGCGCGUCCGGCGGUUACGACAGGCCCAUCUGGCGGCCCAGCAGGCCCAGAUCAGCAAGGCAGACAAGGUCAUCAGCGUCUCGCGGAGGUUCUUUGACGCGGCUCAUCGGUUCACAGUAGGGGGCGUCAUCCUCUUCACUGUUGUGGCUGGCGUCGUCAGUGUAUACUCGGUAUGGGACAUGCUCCGUUACAACCGCGCCCGUCGCGCCGAAUGGAUCGAGGCCCAGAAGAAACUUGAAGCCGACGAACUCGCAACCGCACGACUCGCCUACCUCAAGGGCCUUGCGACCGAAGAACAGAUUGAACUUGUAGAGGAGGCCAACCGCGAGGCGGAGAAGAGGGGCGAGAAAUUGCCGCCUCUGCUGGCACCCCCAGAGCACCGCACGCACUUUGAGGAGACCGUGCAACCCGCCUUCACCGAACGUGCAGAGGGCGGGGGCAAGGGCAAGGGCAAGGGCAUUUUUGGUCUCUUCUCCGGCAGCAGCAAAGAAGAGGAGAGCAACGUCUCGGCUGUGGCGAACAACGUGCAGGCUGAGGUGCAGACUAUCGAGGACAAGGCCAAGGUGGCAUGGGAGCAUGAGAAACAGAACCAGCACGAGGGCGGGAGCCUGGAUCGGUUAGGGACGGAUCCGGCCCCGGAAAAGAAGAAGGGCUGGCUCUGGUGA